AUGGACGAGGAUGAGGAUGAAGACGACGAUGUACCAGGUGCAGUUGGAGGAGCACCUGCUGUAAAUUCUUUUGUGAAUUCAACGAAUUCUUUGGGCCAAAGGGUGUGCUUCCCAGAGGAUCAGGCUGGAUCUGAUUCUCAUCCUCUUGAGCUGCAAGCUUUAAUCCAAGCUCUCUUCUCCCCAGAGAAGUUAUCAGGUGACAACAGCUAUCACUGUGAAAAGUGCAGGUCUCUACAAGAGGGGGUGCGCGUUUUGCGUGUUGUUGAGCCUCCAGAGUAUCUUAUUUUGAUAUUAAAACACUUCCAAUACAAUCCAGUGACAAGGCAGAGGAUGAAGCUAAUGCACAAGGUGCAUUACACAGAGACACUAGAAAUUCCAUUGGCAUCAAAUGCCCAAAAUGUAGCCAGAUACAGGCUUUAUGCUGCAGUAGUUCACUCGGGGCGUAGUGUGGAUGCUGGACAUUAUUACACCUUUACGAGAGACGCUGAAGAUACAUGGUUACGAAUGGACGAUGAGACUGUUUCCCUCAGUAACUCUGAGCAAUUGAAUUUGUUGCGACCACCAGAAACCCCUUACAUGUUAUUUUACUGUGGUUCAGGUGGAACUUUGCAACCUUCGGUGGGUUCACCCGAGCAGAUUCCACUUUCGAACCUGAAACCAGGUUUGGCUCAGCUUGUCAUGAGUGAUAACGCAGCCUUUCUUCAAGAAGAGAGAAAUCGAAAAGCACGGAUGAUCCAAAAUAAAGUUUUAGACAGACGCUAUCGUACUGAUGAUGAUGACGAUGACGAUGAUGAAAAUAAUCAUCCGGGAAGCAGUUGUGGGGGUCAGGUAGCAAUGAACCCUCCGUCAAAUAGGUUUGUUUAUUAAGUGGAUGUUUUGAUCUGUGGAAUAUAUCGAAAUGAAGUGAAUGGUUUUUUGUGCGUGUUUCGAAAGUAAUUUAAAUGUUUUAGUUCUUGAAAAUAUGUCACAAUUUUCUGAGUUUUUAGACUGUUGGCAACUUUUUGUGUUGCUUUUUGCAAAAGAGCUGUGAAUAGAAAGUUCAAUUUAUGUCUGUGAUCUUAAAUGUGUUAGUUUUUAGUGCUGUUGAACAUGAACAGCGAUUCCUAUAAACAUAAUUGUAUAUUUAUUAAUAUUUGACGUUUUACUUCACAUCAUUUAAUAUUUUCAUUGUAUUUAUAUUGUGAGUGUUGCCUAUGAAAUGCUGUGUAUUUUCUCUGAGAUUGUUUCCAAAUGAAUGAGGAGUGAAAAAUACUGUUCCUGCUCUUUAUAGAAGUAGGUAUUUGUGAUACUACUUUUGUAUUACUGGCUAAUGUUGGGUGCAGCGGCCGUUGUUGUAUAUUGGUAUUGUCCAAUAGGAUUUACAGUUUCAGAAUUAAAAGUAUAAAAUCUUAAAAAAUCAUGUCAUGUAUUUUUUUAAUAUGUAUGGAAUGUAAGGUGAGUAGUAGUUCAUGUAAGGAAAAUUAUAUUUGAAACUUGCAAAAUGUUUUCUUAACAAAGAUUCUUGGAAUAGGCUAACCUAUGUAAGAAUCUCCUCACCUCUUAUUUUAUGUAGUUUUAUUUUUUGUUUAUUAUUGCAACAUGCAUUCAUCACAAUACAAUAAAAUCGUCCUGACAAAUCGGUUACCUACCUAAAUUCAUUAUCUUCUUACUUCUAAAAGACAUACUUAUCUCUUUUUUACCUCCUUUUUUGUUUCCUUUUAUUUUUAUUAUUAUUUUCCAUUGUGUCCAUCCUCCCUCCUUUGUUGUUAUUACUGUUGACAUCAACUGUUUUAUAGAGAGAAAACAAUUAGAAGUAUCAAGUGGGUAAACCUCAGGAACAAAAUGAGGCCAUUUCGUGUGGGGGGAAAAGUAGUUUUCAGUAAUAAUUGUGUAUUUCCAGGGUAUUGACAUUUUUCAUUAACAAGGAAUACAGUUUUUUAUCUUCAGUCUUUUCUCAGUCCCAGACAUUUUAGAAGCCGUGGUACCAGGUAUCUUCACCAAAUUCUGGAGAACGACCAAAUUUCUUGUGCUUCUUGGAUAGAAAUCAUUCUUUAAUUGUAUCUAAACUAUUAUGUUCAUCAGGGGUACUUUUGCUAGUUUCUGUACGUUCCAAAUUGCUGACAGAAUCCCUCUCAAAGAGUCAACAAAAACAGAAUAUGAAAUUUCUGGAGAAGUCGUAGUAUUCAAGCAUAUUUAGAGGAGAAUGAAGUUUUGUAUUGCUAAGUGGUUCAAAUUUAGUAUUUAUUAAGAAGUACUUAAUAUUUAUUUCCCAAUUCAAUAUUUUUGAAAUAUAGGGGGACAUUUUAAUCGAGAUAUGUAAAUUGUGUUAAGAAUUAUGUGUUUUGACACAGUCACAAUGACUCAAAUCAGUACUACCCUAGAUGUAGGGUCUGAGACAUUGAGGCUGUAAUUCCAGUAUAACUACUAAGGGAGCAGAUAUUUUUUCUUCCUUCCUGUAAAGUAAUGAAGUUUAUGAGUUGAAGUCUAUAUGCAUACAUAAAUCAUAUUUUUCUCCACCAUUUACUAUGCAGACUCAUUUCUUCAAAAUUGUAGAAAUUCUGCAAUAAGGAGACAGACCUUUUCAAGUCCAUUGUUUCUUUUAAGAACGUAUUCUACCAGGUUUUCUGCCAGUACCUUUUUAUACACUUGAGGACAGCCCUGGUUUUUAGAGUCCUAACAGAUGUGAAGUCUCCAAAUCAAAGUUGCAAUUUCAUGUUAUUUGAAGUUGGUAUAGAUAGAGAGGAAAAUGUAGAUAAAAGUUUAUUUUAUUAUUUGUGUAUGAGAUAAUGAUCUGUGGAAAACCUCAAAUGUAAUUGGCACCACCUUCUGUUUAUCAUAUAACAAUUUAUUUUGUCACUAGACUAAUUGAUUUUAAUAUUUAUGCAAUUAAGUUAUUUUAUUAGCCUCAAGGAAGUAAAGGAAUUGUUUGAUAAGAUAUUCAUUAAUU